AUGAUCAUCUUUGCUUGGUUCUGCUUCUACUUGUUUCCUGUUGGUCAUGGUUUCAGCAUUAAUCCAUUUGAUACACGAUCAGUUAGCGCCCGAGUUUUCGGCUCAUUGACAGAUUUGAAUGAAUUCAUAGGAGAUGAUGAGGGCUUCCACUAUUUGAGAGAACAUACAGAAGUGCUUGAUGCUGGUAAGGAUCCUCAGAUGGAAGCUGGUCUUCAAAUGAUGAUUUCUCAUUAUGAUGAGCCCGAGGUGCGUCAAGAGUUGGAAGAUAUGUCCUGGCAAUCAUUGGAUGUUGAGUUGGAGAUUUUGAAUGACAAGUUGGAAACGAUUUACCAAAGAUUAUUAGAGUUCUCAAAGAUAUUGGUUAGUUUGACAGAUGAGGAUUUUUUCGAAAUGGGUGAUAAAUUGCUUGCUAAUAAAGAGUAUUACGAUAAAAUCAUGAGGGAUGAGGUUGAUCCAUUGUCAUUUUUCCAAGAUUGGGUGCAGGCCAAAAGUGCUGAUGACGAUGAACUGAUUACUGUGAUGUCAAUUGAUCAAAUAGAAGUUCUUGAAGAUGUGCUUAUUGCUGAAGAUGGUGUAAAAUACUGGGAUCCUGAUGCAAGCUACGAAAUGAUUGAGAAAUAUAUGGUAAAAGAAACAGCUGAAACAAAACUUGAAGAGUUGUUUGAAGCCACCGGUAUUUUGAAACUUAUCAAAAAGACCAUCAAAAAGAUCAAGUUGUUCUUUUCAUUGUUGUUAAAGUUGUUCAAACUCGCCAAAGUUUUGAAAUUAAAGGAGAUUAAAACUUGUUUGAAAAUAAUGAAGACUAUUGAAAAGAUCAAAAAGUGUCUAAUGUUGAUCAAAUCAGUCUUGAUCAAAAAAAUUAAAAAAUUUAUUAAAGGGUUCCCAUUCAAUGUUUUAUACAAGAUCAAGAUGGUUAUUCUAUUGAUCCUAAAGAUAAUCAAAAAGAUUCUCUGGGAAAUUAAAUACAUUAUUAUGGAGCUAUUGAUAAAACUAUAUUACUUUUUGAAGAAACUUAAAAGGGUCCCAAUUGUUUUGAAGAUUUAUAUCAAACAAGAGAUUUACGAAAGAUUAGGCGGUGAAGAUCAUGAUCAACAAGAAGCUUGGGAUGAUUUCGGUGAAUGGGAUGAUCAAGUAAAUGAAGAAUGGAGGGAAUACAAUGAUAUUGAAACUGUGUAUGAUGAUGGUUUACAAUAUGCAAUUGGUUCAGGACAUAAGCCAAAAGAGUUGGAUAUGCUUUUUAAGAAAUCUUUCACAGCACAGGAAUAUAGUGAGCUAGAAAGAGAUGAUUUCAAUCAUGAAGUUAUCUACGCGUUUGAAGAUAUAGAAGACUCAAUUUUAGAAAAGCGUGAUGUAUUUGAACAUACGUUGAACUAUGAAACUCUUGAUAAUGAAACUUUUAACGUUACAGUGCCUAGUUUCAACAUGUCUUUAGGGUCAGAUUUCUUGGAGAAAUUGAAGGAUAUCAAUGUUGUUGUGAUUCAUGAAAACAAAACCGACCAAGCCCUUAAAGAACCUGCUGCUGAAUCUUCAAGUGGUACUAUCAAUUAUGGGUACUGGUUGAUGUAUGCCCUACCUGGAUUAUGGGUCUUUUUUACCCAAGUUUUUAACUAG